AUGGUGAUGAAAGAAGUCGUCCCGUUAUUUUUAGUACGGAGCGUAUUGGUUACUAUUGCUGCGGUGUUCGGGUUCACCUGUAAUUUAUGGAUUGUGUAUGUUAACCUGGAGGACAGGAGACGAGGCUUCCACCUGAGUCCACCCGAUCUGAUCCUCUCUUUUAUGGCUCUGAUUAAUGUCCCCAUGCAGCUCGUCUUCUGUUUCGAUAUGUCCUCCCUUGCUACAGGGUUCUAUGACAGAUUUGAUCCGAUUCAUCUAGAACUGACCGGUGUCAUGAUUUUUUUGGUUUCCUGUAACAUAUGGUUCACCGCUUGGCUCUCCGUCUACUAUUACUUGAGAAUUGUCAAUUUUACGGACGGUCUCCUUUUGGUUUUGAAGAUGAGAAUAUCUAAACUUCUACCGAAGCUCUUGGUGGUGUCCACUGUGGAAUCAUUCAUCAUUGCUCUCCCAUCGUUCUGGAACAUUUAUUCUAAAGUGGACGAAGAAACUAUUGGAAAUUCUACAUCCGAUUCUACCUUCAUUUUUUUAACAUCUCCGUAUCUCAUAACAACGUUCCUGGGGUGUAUUAUACCCCUCGUAUUAACUCUGCUUCCCAUAGGAUUGACCCUAAGAUCUCUGUGGAGACACCUGAAGAGGAUGAACAUGAACAAUGGAGACUCUUCCCGUCCUCGGACCCAGGCCCAUAUUACAGCGGUGAGGACCAUGGUGCUCCUGGUGACCCUUCAAUCCGGCUUUCAUGCUGUCUCACUCUACGUUCUGACGGAAUCAUUCAAUUUUAUUGACCCGACAAUGAUCAUCUCUGGCUGUUUUAUCAUGUUGUAUCCCACAUUCCAAGCCCUUGUUAUGAUAACCGGUAACUCGAAACUGAAGAAAGCCGGACGAGGUAUCCUGAAGAACGGGGGGGCCUGGUGGAAUGUGCUGCUUGGGAGACAAAUGGUUAAUAGAGCAUGA